UGGAAAACUGAAGCCACCACCAUCCAUCAAUUCCUCGAUCAGAAAAAAAAAAAAAAAAGGAAAAAGAAACGAAAAAAAAACCAAGGAAAUAAAAAGACGAAAGGAAACCACCACCACCUUUGGGAACUGCCUUCCUCCUCCCCCACCCCCCCCAAACACACCAUCACCUGAAUCCCCUCCUCUACGACGAUAACGGACGCCCUUUUUAUCGCUCUCUCCUCCCAGCCCUUGAUCAAAGACACGUGCAAUCUAUCGGAUCGGGCGCCCAGGUGGUCGGACGGCUGGCGAUGGCGGAGGCGAUGCGAUGGGGUACGUGGGAGGAGCUGGUCUUAGGCGGCGCCGUGCUCCGCCACGGGGACGCGGCCUGGGACGCCGUCGCCGCCGAGGUCCAGGCCCGUACCCCCUUCCCCCACCUCUUUACCCCUCAGGAAUGUGAGGCCAAGUACGAGGAAUUACGAGAGCGUUACUCCGGAUGCGAUGCUUGGUUUGAAGAACUACGGAAGCAGAGAGUUGCUGAACUAAAACGAGAGUUGGAAAAAUCAGAAGACUCUAUUGGGUCUUUGCAAUCCAAGCUUGAGAGCCUUAGUGCAGAGAGACAAAGUGACUGUAAUUUUGAAUAUGAUACCAGCCAGACGGAGUCACCCUUGCCCAUUGAAAAUGCUGGUGAUAUUGAUUCUUCCAGCAAGGAUAUAUCCAAAGAUGGAUCAUCUGCUGGUAGUUUUACUCAUAAAACAGGCAGAAAUUGGUCAUCGGGAUGCCAGAUCUUAGCUUCGGUUUCAUCUCAAGAGAAUGAUUCGAAGAUGGAAUUGUCUGCAGACUCUGGAAAGGACAAAGCUGGGAUCAGAAACUUUGAGACUGGCCUUGGAAUCUUAAAAAAGAAAAGGGGAAAGAGGAAGAGAAGGUAUUGUACUAUAGUCAAAGAAGUGAGUAUGGGGGAUAGUGAGACAGUGUGUUCAGCAGCAUAUAUAGAUAAAGAAGAGUCAUCUGAAGGUUUUAAGCGGGAUGUUCUACCCUUGCAUGAGGAAUCUGCUGCCUGUGCAAGAGGUGAAAAUUCCAACAUUGAUCUCACAGAAAUUAUGAACUCAAUUAUGGAGCACAAGGAUGUUUCAAUCUUUCACUCUCGACUUGAAAGCCAGAAGAGAGCCAGAUACAAGAAGAUGAUCCGCCAACAUGUUGAUUUCCAAACCAUAAGCUCAAGGGUCAACAAUGGCUCAAUCUCUUCAGCCAAGGAGCUGUAUAGAGACUUGCUACUGCUCUCAAAUAAUGCUCGUGUCUUCUAUCAAAAGAACUCACUGGAGCACAAAUCUGCACUCGCCCUUCGGGAUCUUGUGAGUGAAUCACUAAAAAAGAGUGCUAAAUAUCUUUCUCAGGUCUCUGGUGAUCGUGGUGUUGCACGUUCUGUUGUGUUGGGGAAAUCAGGAAAACUUCUAAGCAUGCAACCAUGCAAGCGCAACACCAAGGGUAAUUCGGUGGUUUCUGGGGAAGGAGCUGGAACUCCAACAACCGAGAAUGACAAGAAAGAGUCUCAUGUGGAAAAGCCAGAGGAGACCCUGGCUAGGAAGAGAAGUAUCGGGUCACCAGUGAAGGGUGGCCAAAGAAGUGGCAGGAGACGACAGGAGAGCUCUGCCAAAGGAAGGAAAAGAGCUAGAAAAAGGUGAUAGAUAUCAAUGUGGGCAGGAUGUUUUUGGUUUUUUUGGUUCCCUCAAAGGGAUUUUCUGAAGUAUACCUUUUAAAAAUUUACUGUCAAAAGUUUCUUUGGCUCUUUGGAUCCAGCUGGCAAAUUGUAUAGUGUAACCAUAUGGUGAAGAAGACGCUGAUGUUGUACCAAAAAAAAAGAAGACACUGAUGUCUCUUGUUUACAAGGAAAGCUUAUUAAAAUAUACCAUACUUGUUCCCC